AUAUUUGAAGUGACACAAUCAACUCCCGGACACGGUUGGGUACGGUUUAGGUUUUCCCUCGCAAUUUUUUUCCCUCGGGAUUUUGUCCAUUUCCGCCAGUUCCUGCGAUUGUUAGACAAUUGCCAGCGGCAAAUUUAUCAACGUACCAUCGCCAGGGAGAUAAUUCUUAUUGGUGCAAAGUGUGUCCGGUGUAAAAAUUCCAAUUAGCCGGUUCUGUUCGACGAGACCGUCCGCUCGGUGAGAACGAAUGAGCGGAGACGGCCAUUUUGAACGGCGGCUCACCUUUUCUUUGUUCCUCUCAGUGUGCCCAGUGAGCCAACGGUGCGGUGCCAUCUCCGAUUUGAGGGCUACCCGAAACGAGUUUGCACAUUGUUGCGGUGCCGUGGUAUGCUUGCAAAGGUGCUGCUGUGUUUGAGUGAUUGUUUGUGACGUGACAGAAACUGAAAUCUUGCCCCCCAUUGCGAUGUGAACUGUGCGGUCGAAAGUGAGAGGAAAAAUUCCGCCAAAAGUCUCAUCACCCCAGUGAGAACAACCGUUGUGAGGAGAGGGUUACAUUACGGCACCAAUACCACUGCGCAUCCAUAACUGAGCGAGCAAGUGUGUGCGUGAGACAGAGAGAGAGAGAAAGAGAGACAACCGCAGACGGUGGCUGAGCGCACGGUACCAACACGCAUCGACGUUUAUUUACCGACGAGAACGCGUGUAGAGCACAUCUACGCGACACCGAGCACGGGACUGUAGAGCAGCAGCGCGCGAACCACAACAAAUCGGAAGGAAGUCAUUGUUGUGUGGUGUGGAACAAUUUCUUCUUUUUGGUUGUUCUUAUUGUAGCUGCCAAAUCCUGCCCGCCUUCAACAGUGUGUUCUGUGUGCUGUUUUGAUUUGCCUUUUUUUCGAUUUGGUUGCGCUGCUUCCGGCUAUCCCAUCGAAAAUCGACAUGAGUGUGUGAAUUGUCCCCGUUUGUUCCAGCAGAUCUCGAAAGCAUUAUACUGCUGCAUGCAUUUGUUUUGUGUUGCGCUCCAAUCCUGCUAAAAAGGCGGCCUGUGUGUCUGUUCGCCCAAAUGCGCACCAUCACCAAUGCGAACGUGACACGGCAACGAAGACCAUUCAUCAUCAUCAUCACCACCGGUGAACAGGAGCUAUGGAAGGAAUAAUUCGUUAAGGUCCUGCCGCUAAGCGUAUUAUUCCUGUGCGGGCGGUUUUUAUGCCGGAGCCGGGCAUUCUCUCACCACGUGUGUGGUCUGUGGGGAAAAGUGUAAACGGAAAAUAAAUUCGUCCUGCCGCGGCCGGAAAAGAAGCCUCCUCCUCGAAUCACUCACCCCCAUACCCCUUUCCUGGGCGUGCGCCAGUCAGUGUAAUUCCAAAAGUGUGUACGGCGCCCCCUUGGUGUGUGCGUGUCUGUUUUUACUGGUGUAUCCAAGGAAACGUGAAGAAAGGGCGCCAAAAUGUUUGACCUAGAGGACACGAGCAUUACCGGAUUCCACGACGCGAUGAGUAAAUACAGUACUCCCAUGUCGGAUCUCUACAUCACCGACUCGAUGCAGGACAUGCUCGAUAUCGACAUCAAGUCAGAGGUGACGACGGUUGUGGGCGGUGUGAACGAAUUCGUUUCGUUGAUGAACUAUGAUCUGCCCUCGCUCGAGCUGGACAACAACUCCCUCGAUGGGAACAACUUCUACUGCAGCGCAGCGUUCGGCAUUGGCAGCACCGAUCUCUACCCGGAGGUCACUACGUGUGCCAAUCCGAACUUCGUCAUGCCCGUCCCGUCGUCGUCAUCAUCGUCGUCAUCUUCAUCCUCAUCGUCAUCCUCCUCCUCCUCCUCGAUGGGCGGAUUCCCGAACGGCAGUGUCCUGUCGUCGUCCGGCUCGUCCGCGACAUCGUCGACGAUGAGUGCCCUUGUGGCCGCCCAGUCACUGCUCAAGUCACCGAAGCAGAACAUCAAUCUCAACACGACCGUGCACGGCGACACCAGGCACAGCUCGACCAUGGCCAGCCCGAAGGAACGCAAAAGCCAUCUUACCUUUUCGCCCAACACCAUCAAGGUGUCGACGGUGCAGGAGGCGAAAAAGAUCUCCAGCCUGGCGCAGAUCACGCGGGUCGGCGGCACGGCAGGCACCAUCUCCUGCACGUCCCUCGCGCCAGCGACCCCGGUAGACAAUGUGCGCAAAGAUCUGACCGCCCAGAUGACGCUGAAGGAGGAGAAGAUCAUCGUGCGAAACGGCGGGAUCGUGAAGAGCGCGAGCGAACACUUCGUAACUAGUAACGGCGGCGGUAGCGUAACGGUCGGUGAAGCGAUCGUCCACCGCACGUCCUCCGUUGGAUCGCCCGGGCUCGGCGUUGGGCUCGGCAAGGGUAACACCGUGAAGCUGGCCCAUGGCAUCGGUGCGCUGACCUACGCCAACAGCAUACAGUACAAGAACCUGAAGAGCAUACAGAAGGUCAGCGCGAUGGGGCUGAACGGUGUGGUGAAGCGCGAGUCUAGCCCCCAUCGGCAGCUGAACGGUGGUGCGGCCAGUCCGAAAACCUACAACCGAACCUUAAUCGUGGAUCAGAACGGCAAACCGGCGGGAGGAGGUGUCGGUGUGGUCACCAUUACGCAUGGCGGCUCCCCGACGACGACUUUGGUCGCCCGUCAGCUGCAGCGAGCGAUGACCCCGACUGGCCCGAAGCAGAAGCUGAUCAAGAGUGGUGGUGGUGGUGGCGGAUCGCAAGGCGGCAGUAUCGAGAGCGAGUUCCCCAAACCGGCCUACUCCUACUCGUGCCUGAUCGCGAUGGCGCUGAAAAACUCCCGCUCCGGCUCGCUGCCCGUCUCCGAGAUCUACAGCUUCAUGUGCGAACACUUCCCGUACUUCAAGACGGCACCGACCGGGUGGAAAAACUCCGUCCGGCACAAUCUGUCCCUGAACAAGUGUUUCGAGAAGAUCGAAAAACCGGCCACGAACGGUGGCCAGCGGAAGGGUUGCCUGUGGGCGAUGAACCCGGCCAAGAUUACGAAGAUGGACGAGGAGGUGCAGAAGUGGUCUCGCAAGGAUCCGCUGGCCAUCCGCCGGGCGAUGGUGCACCCCGAGCAUCUGGAGGCGCUCGAGCGGGGCGAGAUGAAGCACGGCUCGACCGGGGACGACGAUCUCGACGUGGAGGAAGACCUCGAAAGUGACGGCGGCCCGUCCGAUGUGGACGCGGAGGAGGUGGACGAGGAGGUGGUUGAGCCGGAAGAGGAGGAAGAAGAGGAAGAGAACGCGGAGGACGAGGAGGAGGAGGACGAUGAUGUGGAGUUGAUAGAGCCACCGCGCGAGACGAUCGACGUCGACGCGGAAAGCUUCAUCAUCAACACGCCGGAAUCGUUGAUCGAUGGUGAAGAGGACGGUGGCGAUCAGGUGGAUUUCGAUCUAGAGGUACCUGACUUUUACGGAAACAUCAACGUAGACUCCAAGGACAGCACGCUCGCACUGGAGUUGACCGAGCAGGAUCUUUUAUCGCUGGAAGAUGAAGAUGAAUCGCUUUACAUUAAUCAAGUUCAGCAACAGACGCGACUCGGUACCGUUACCGUAUCGCAGCAACAGUCCCUCCAGCAGCAGCUACAUCAGCAGACGCAAAUCCACACAACGCAGCAGCAGCACCAUCGACAACAGAUCCAGCAGCAGCAACCGCCGGCGAAGCGUGCCCGGCUCGAUAUGACCUACUCCAUUUCCCCGAACGCAAACGGUACCGCCAGCCUGGUGAACGUCAUUUCCUCCCGCCAACCGACGAUAGUGCACGGCACGGGCAACAACUCCGUCACCGUCACGCCCGUCAACGGUAACAGUGUGAUGGGGCUAAGCUUUCAGCAACACUUUCAGCAGCUGCAGCAGCAGCAACUACGACAACAGCAGCAGCAGCCCCAGCAGCUUCAGCAAGGAACCAUCAGGCGAAAAGUGCCGAUGAUUACGCGAUUGGCUUGAAUUAACCGCGCCGGUAUGGUUUAGUCGUUUAGCUUAGGGAGUCGAACGUACACCACAUUGUUGUGUGUAUGGAACGUGGGUCUGGUAAGUGUGGUGGACUUUCUAUAGAUGGUAUGCUAUAUGAUUUAAAGAGGGAAAAUGCAUUUGUUUUCCUUCUAUGCAUACCUCUCUCAUACAAGCCGUUAAUAUACACAAAAGCAGAAAGGAAGCUCUUACAAUAAGCUUUAUUCGACAGCCCACUCAGUGCGUUCCGGAUGGUACAAACACACACACCCACAUGCAUCGUAUAUUUUUCCGUAUUCGAUUCCGCGUUCUCUAGCAUUAAGGAGAAAGAGAGAGUGGAGGAAACAGGAAACAAAUUCCAACAACAAUCAGAAUUUUUCUAUGAGCAUUUUUUUCUCUUUUAUAACGAUAAAUUAUUAUCACUGCCAGAAGGAAUAUCGUGUCUUUGUGACACAGACACACAGAGAGCAGUGAGUGCCGUCGAAAAAAAAUAAACCAACAACACCACAACCACAUCCCACACACCAGCUCGAAUUACACUUUUCCGGUGCUGAUGGUAAUCGUAACAGCAAUAUAAAAUUCGGUACAAACACUAUAAUACUAGAAAUAGCAUGGUAAAGUUAGAAAGGGAGAAAUAAGCGAUAGUGUGAAACCUCGACUCUAGACGACACUGAGCGUAUACCAAGAAGGGUCCUCCAACCCAGGAUGUUGCAUCGUUGUUGUCCGUUAAAGGCAAAUGGUACUAAUCCUGAUAGGCUGCAGCUUACAGCUGUGAAUACUUGUAACUUUCCCAUCAAUGGGGCAGAGCUUACACGUUGGUUUCAUAGCUGUAUACCGCACACCGAAUCGAUCGGAAUCUGCCAAUGCAACAUCCUCGGUUGCAAACGAGUGUUGUACGGGACACCUCACGGGACAAAACUCACAUAUACCUGACCUGAGAGAAAGAGAAAAAAAAACAAAAAACAAUAUGAGGUACAAUUGAAUGCGUAUUUACACCUGGCACCAUCUUUCCAGUUUCGUAAGACUAGUUAGUUUGAGUACGCUGGAAUGUUUCUCGGUUUGUUGUUAUAGUUUUUAUUUUUGAUUAUCGCUCUUUAUUUUCAAAACAAACAAAAAAAUGAUAAGAGACAAGUCCUUUUUUCGGUACAAAACAAAAUGUAUAGCUGUAAGUGAAAAUUUUGCCUGAACAGUAUUUACCAAACGGAGUCGCGCUGAUGCAACCGUUAUGACUCAGCUAAGAGGGAUACAAUGACAGUGUGUGGUCAGCAUUGCUAGGAUAAUUUUCAUAUCAAUUUUUGAUCAUUGUAUCACGCGUUCGUGUUCUGCAUUGAGUUGGAUUUUUUGAUGAGCGGUCGUUUGUUUUUUAUUGUUGUGUUCAUCCAGCAACCUAACACUCUAUCAACAACGCAUCAGCGUGGCAUCAAAAAUUGGAAUGAAAAUGAUCGAGUAUCUAGAUUUCUCUCUGUGUGAAGGAGGAGCGCGCAAUUUAUAGAGAAGGAGAGUUAAAAAAGCGCACACGAACAAAACUAUAUAUGUAUACACAUAGAGGGGUAUAAAACGUUCUUUAAGCCACAGAAAGCAUGUUGUGCAGAAGUGUUUGUUUCUAUAGAAGCAUUACUCGCUGCACACACUAUCAAAAGCAGUACAAAAUACUACCUAAUCUGUACCUUAUCAGUGGUAGCUUGGCGAUGGGUGGGUGGGUAUGGUUAGCAGCAAAUUGACCGUUUAUGCUUAUAAAGCACACUGUGUAAAAGCACGCACUCAUUACCACAGUGAGGGAGAGAUGCAGUGCUGACGCUUUUGCUGUGUCCUUUACAGACGGGUUUUUUGUUUUGGCUAAUCCUACCCACGCCACAGACAGGGGAAAGUGGUGAUCAUGAUGAGGAUCCCCAAAUACAUAUUAAAUUAAUUUUGAAACUUGUACUACCACUACUACUACGACAACUAAAAAAAAACACAAACUCUUGAAUGACCAAUGGGCCGCGAAUGUGGUCGUCCACCAGACUGGGUUUGGUGUGUAAUUUUGUUGCGCUCACAUGCGCAACGUUGUGUUAAUAUUUUUAAACUGUUUAUUUUUAUUUUAUUUUUACUGUUUAUGUGUAAUGUGUAAUUAAUGUAGUUGUUUUCUCGUUAAGCUGUAAGGUUUAAUUUUAAUAUAUGUUUUUUUUUCGUGUGUGCUUCGAGGCAGAGCAUGGGCAACAGAAGAGGAAAACAAAAAUGCAAAAAUAACAUUUAGGCCCCCAAAACGAAAGGGAAUGGAGGAGAUAGUGUUUAAGAAAGGAUGUUUUAAAAGUAUGUAACAUAAUACAGCCAUCGAAACGCUAUCAAUAACUCAAUCCCUAUGAGUAGGUGGAAGUUGUACGAUCUUUUAACUGAAUGCCGCCACCCCUCUUCGUUGGUAUCGUAUACAUUUCGUUUUUAGUUACACACUAGAUGAUAACACAUCAUAACUUUACGAGAGCUCUACUCUCUUCUUCAAACAGACAUGCGAGUGUACAAAAAGGUGUGGAAGUACGAUGUGAUGUUAAACAAAAGAUAAACGGAAACACAAAUAAGGUAAAGAGAGAGAGCCAGUUAGGUCGCGAGCAUUUUUAGUUUUACAUUCAUACCUUACCUUUUGAACAGUAAGAUAAAGGAGACAAUGAAAAUUCAAAAAGUGUAGGAUGAAAGAGGCGAACGAAUGAAAGAGGAUUGAGUGAGUGCGGUUGAGGGAGAAGAAGGAGCGUUUAGAUAGUGGAGAAAAAUCAUGUUUUGUCAAACACAUAUAAUUGUAAGUUUAAAUUUUGUACAGUAUUUGAAGGGGGCGAAGCAUUUUUAUCUUAAAUUUUUGUAUCAAAAAUAAUGUACUUUUUUAAGUAAUUAAGAGAGUGGAAGGAUGAAAAGAGAGAAGCUAAGAAAGAAAAAAAAUAUUAAAAAACACGAAAGAAUACUAAAAAAAUAAUAAAAGAUUUCUGUUGAAAAAAUGGAA